UAUUAUAAUGCAAAUAUCAUAAGGCCAAGAAGCACCAUGGAGCCAGGUGGUGUGAACGUCACACCUCAGCCCACCAUGGUGUUCUCCAGACUCCAUCCAAUUGUAGAAGAUGAAUCAGAAGAAACGGAGGACUUAACAUCGGCUGGAGACAAUGGUGCAGCAAUAGGGAAUGACAGUAUUGAAUCUGGAAAUGGGACCUCCAAAGACAGCCCUAGAUCUUUUGUUGCUUCGGUAAAAAAGGCAAUUUCUUCAAUAGGUUCAAAUGAUGAAUCUCGUAUUUCAGACUUUGUUCACAUUAAUGACUGCUUAAAAGAGAGAUCUGGAACGUUCUCUGACCCUACAGAUGCCUUUGUGUCAGAUCUUAGUCUCCAACUGGUCAUGGUCAGAAAAGGAAAACACGAUGCCCAGCUACAAGCAGAGCUCAGGAACCGUUUGCGCCUACUCGAGAAUGACAGUAAGGAGGUUGCUGCUGUCUUCUGUGAGCUAUCAGCACGGCUGUUGUCUAUUGAGAGUGAUAAAGAUGUAAUAACCGUGACCUUCCGAACGUUUGAAGAGAUCUGGAAAUUCUCUACCUAUUACUCACUUGGUUUCUUGAAUCACUGUAUGGAGAACAUGUUUCUAGACCAGACUUUUUGGCUGACUUCAUUAGAGGAUGAGGGUGCAGGAAUUCAAGUUCUGGUUAAUGAAGAGUCACUAAACCACAUGUAUAAAGGUCUACUAAUGGAAGAAGGGAUACUUUUUGCCCUUUGCGCUGACAAGUGUAUACAACAAGCCACUGUUGUUGAUAACAAGGUUCAGAUAAUUCAGUCCACUCCUGAGGCUCAGAGACACACAGCAGGAUGGACCCAGCCGGAUUCCUCCUCCGAUGAAGAGGGAGGACUUUUCGCUGAAGCUGAACCACUAUGUCCUUUUCAUCAGUGGUUCAUGAGAACAAAUGUAGGUUCAGACCUUGUAGAUUUUGGUAAAUCAGAGCUGAGAAACCAAAUAGCUGUAGGUUGGACGGAAGCUGUAGUAAAUUUCGAUAGUGACGUCCCAGAUGAAAUGUCCUAUCAGAGUGGAGACAUCAUUGAGACAGUCAGCACGUACAUAGAAUGCAUUGAGUGGUUUGUAGGAAGUCAUGUGACCUCUGGCUGUGUGGGCUUUGUAAGAACCCAAAAUGUGAGACCUUAUACAUCGGAAAAUGGGCAAGAAAGUUCAUCUCCUGUUGUAUGUGAAGACACAAUAUACACAAGGAGCACAGAAGACUUUGAUUUGGAAUCUGCAAAAGCAUUACUGCUCAGGAUAUCUCAUUCUGAUGUCUGCCAUGUGUAUAAAUUAGAUGAAUUUGAGAAGAUAAAAGUUUACAAAAAUAAAGUUUCAGAAGAAUGUGAUCAGACAUCAUACAAUGACAGUGCCAACCUAAAAGAGACACUGGAAGAAUUUUUGGUGAAGUCCAACAAUUGUCCAGAAGAAAUUACUGUCUUUGAAGAAAACAACACUGAUUCUUCUGAGGCCCAGACUAUCUGUGACACAUGUAAGGACACACGUUUCUGUAUUUGUGAAGAGCAGUAUGAAUGGCUGCAAUCAUUACUUCAAUUUCUAAAUAGUGGAACAUAUCUCCCAGGCUUCAAAAAGCUCUAUGAUGUCUCAUAUACUUUUCUAACUAGACUGUUUUAUGGAUAUGGAGAAGAGGAAGAUCUGGUUCGGCAUCUCAGUGUAGCACGAGAAGCGGCAAAGAAAGCCAGCAUGACCUGGGCCCUUGCAAGGCUUUGCUUUCUUCUUGGCAGGCUUUGUACCAGAAAACACAAGUUCUCACAAGCAAGAGUUUACUUUGAGGAAGCAAUGGGAGUCCUAAAUGGGGAUUUUUCAGACAUUUUCCUCUUUACUGCAAUCCACAUGAACUUAAACGCUAUAUACCUAAAGCAAAAAUCCAAGGAGAAGAGUAUGCAAAUGAUGGACAAGUCUUCAUCCCUUAUCCUUGGACUACAAAACUAUAUUAGUAAUACAGACAUGGAACCUGUGGUUCUCAAAUAUGCCUUAAAAAAGGCCAUACUGAGCCAAGAUCAGAAAAGUGAAAGAAAUGCUUGUUUCCUCUUGUGUAAAACAUUCACCAGUUUAAGGCAAUACGAUGAAGCUCUUCCCUACAUCGAGCGACUACAGGUUUUACAGAACAUGACAGCAUCAAGUGGUUGCUCACCAUCAAGAUACUACUUCCAACUAGCUGACAUGUACAGUCACAAAUGUCUGCCACAUUUGACCCUGAGCUGUGUUAAGGUGGCUUCUCAGAACUCUUGUGGCUUGAUGGAAUCAUUAAGAAGGGUUGAUUUCAUCAUCAAAAAUGCUUCUAAGCUUUGUGGAAUGAAAAGACCUGGAAAUAAGGCAUUUCCAACUCAGAUUGCCUACCACUUAAAAUGUGCCUUGAAAUCAGUGGUCACCAAACAAGAACAGGAACUAUGCACUUUUAUGUAUCUAGGUAUAGCUGAGCUGUGUGCAGCUCAUCAACUGUAUAAGGAAGCUCGAGCUUAUAUCAUGAAAGCAGUCAACUCUGCUAUUAAUAGGCAGGUGGACAUUUGGAUCAUGCUUGCCUGGAUGUAUAUGCUUGAUGGACAUAGUAUUGAAGCUCUAGAUAUAUUGAACUUUAUGGUGUCAUUUUCAGGUUGUACACAACACCAGCUGGGCAUUAUUAACAAUCUCAUUGCCAUUGCUGUACGGCGAGGAGGUAUGAUUAAAGAUGCUGCUAAACACUACUGCAAAGCUCUACAGAUCUCAAAGGACACAGGCAACUUCCAAAAUCAGGCAAUGGUGCUGGCGAACCUGGGCACAUUAUGUUUACAUCUAAAAGCUAGGAUUGUGGCUGAACAUUUCUUAGUUAGAUCUGUAUCUGUUUACUCCAGUGUCCCACAUGUGGAUAACAGAGCUGAUUUUAUUCAAGUUUUACUGAUUCUUGGUCAUCAUUUCAUCUCUCGGGACCAGAAGGAAACCGGAAAACUUUAUUAUGAAUGGGCUUUACUUGUAGCAAUGGAAUCAAAGAACUUACAAGGUCAGCUUCAUGCCGUCCAGCUUCUAUGUCAGUUCUACAGUACAUAUGAGGUCAAUGAAGCUCAAUGCAUCAUUUACAAUGAAUACCAGUUGUCCUUAGCCAAGAAAAUGGCAGACAAAGUAUUGGAAGGCCAAGUCCUUGAAACCAUCAGUCAACUGUACUUAUCUUUAGGUACUGAAAGAGCCUGCAGAUCAGCCCUGGAAUACACCAAAAGGAGUCUGGGUAUUUUUAUUGACCUUCAAGCCAAAGAGAAGGAAGCCUAUGCAUGGUUAAUGGCUGGGAAGAUUUAUUAUAUUCUGGAUCAGAAUGAGCUGGUGGAUCUGUAUAUUCAGGUAGCUCAGAAUGUAGCUCUGUGUACUGGAGACCCAAAUCUAGGCAUGGCCCUGUAUGAAGCUUGUGGAGAUAUAUUCUUCAAUGGGACCAGUGACAGAGACAAGGCGGUGACCUUUUACAGGGAUUGCGCCCUUCCACUUGCUGUGAAGACAGGGAACGAGAAGGCUGAACUCCAGCUCUGCAAUAAACUCACGGGCUUGUUGAUGAGCAUUAAAGAUUACGAGGAGGCACUGGACUAUGCCAAAACGGCAUUAGCACUGAGUGUGAACUUAGGUAAUCAGCUGAAUGAGCGAGUGGCCUAUCAUAGACUAGGCGGGAUCUAUACUCACCUGAAUCAGUGUGAAUUGGCUGAACAUUUCUACCUGAAGGCCUUGUCCCUCUGCUCUUCUCCUCUGGAAUUGGAGGAAGAGACCAUCUACUACAUGAAGGUUUACCUCAUUCUGGGAGACAUCAUAUUCUAUCACCUUAAGGAUCCAUACGACGCUGCUGGAUAUUAUUAUCUUGCCCUGGCGGCCGCAAUGGAUUUAGGCAACAAGAAGUCUCAGCUGAAGAUUUACACCCAGCUUGCUGUGAUCUACCACAAUUUCCUGAUGGACAGAGAAAAAUCCCUUUUCUUUUAUCAGAAAGCCAGGGCCUUUGCCACAGACCUGAAUGUACGAAGGAUUAACCUUUCACCAGUGCAGUAUAAUCAGAAUCCUCCAUAA